AUGGGAGACUGGGAGCAGGUCGAUCCGCCGGAGGUUUCAACUCCCGAGCAUUGGAGCGAUGUCGGCCUACUCAGCGCGCGAACUGGUCUUCUGGAACAGCAGCUGCAGGCCACGCAGGCCCAGCUUUCGCAGAUGGCAGCGCAGUUGGCCACAGUAGCUCAGCUGAGCCACAACUUGCAGCACCUGGAAAUGCAGCUGGUGCUGCAGCGGCAGCAGCACCAGGAGGAUAUGGUCAAGCUGAUGGCUGCCCAGGCAGUUUCGCUGAGCAACCUCACCCCGAGCACUCGGUGCAAGGCCCGGCCCGGGCCAAGGGAGCGUCAGAAGCUGCGCGAGGAGCGUCGAGCCCAGGAGGUCGGGGAGUCCCAGCUCCAGGUUGCCACCUCAAGUGCCUCCACACUCGAGCCAGAAGCUUCCGAGCUUUCCUUGCCGGCAGCUCCAGAGUCAGAGGCACCUUCCCAGCCUGGCUCUGCCGCGGAAUCACAGGAGGUGGCACGUCGGCCCGCAUCCGCGGCCACGGAUGCUAAAGAGCUGACUGAGGUGAAGAAGGCGUGCCCCGCUCGCUCCUCCCCGCGCUGGUCUGGGGUCUCCUGGUGCGCUGUGAUCUUGGCUUGGAGCCUGUACCUUGCUGGGGACAUGUGGUCUCCCCUCACCUGGGGCAUGAUUGAGGACGGGCAGAUCGCGGACACGACAGCUGAUGAAGACUUGGCAGGGAGCCGGAACUUGGCCCAAAAUGCAGCAUCGAGGCUUCGCGAGCUGGGUCACUUGCAGCUCUCUGUGUCGGACUGCCACGGCGCUGCGAAACUCUUUGCUCGUGCUGAGGUGCUUCUGGGAAACAACUCCGCGCCGGUGGCUCAGCUUUUGGAGCUGCGCCGCGAGAGAGGAUUUGCCUUGGUCUGUGCACAGCACUUCAGCGAAGGUGCUGCGCUACUGCGUGAGGCUCUGUUGGAGUCGAUGCAGACCUCUUCGCCCAUCCACCUCCCGAUGCUUGCGGAAGACCAGCUCGACGAGCCGGUGGCUGGCCCUGUCCACUUGAUGAACGCCCUAAGCUUUGCUUACUUCUAUUUGGGAGAGUUCUCUCUCGCGAAGGGCGUGCUGGAGAGGGCAGUCACACUGUAUCCAGAAAAUCCACUGAUUUGGAACAACCUCGGCGCAGUUCACCUUGCUUUGGGCGAUACUUCACGGGCCGGCAAGACAUUGCAUGCAGCCCUGGCGCGUGCUAGAAAGCUUAGAGGCGAUCACACAAGCUACUAUCAGCAGCUGGUGUCCAACAACAUCCACAUGCAGCGUCGCCACAGCGACGGCGAUACGUCAGAACUGCCCUUGCUGGAGAUUUUCAACUGCAUGGUCACCGAAGUGUCCGAGAUGGUGGCUUCCACGCCUCCUGCUCAACUCACGAGGCAGUACCAGAGCCUCGGUGCAGAUGCAGCAGAAGCAGGCGUCGAUGCUUCCGCUGUGGUGGAGUCAAGCAAAGCCGUUCUGUCCAUGGAACGUGAGACCGUUCUCUGCCCCUGA